UUUUGAAAAUGAUAAUUUUAUGAAAAAAAUUAAAGGAGGGUAGAUAUUAAGUUAGAUUCCCCUAACAUUUUGUUCGAAAUUACGCCUAUGCAUAAGAUGAUUAAUAUAUGCCUUAUUAUUAUAAUUAUAAUAGCAGGUUUUUAAAUAUUUGUUUAACAAUAAAGAGUGAAAAAGAUAAUGAGUUUAUUUUUAGAAAAAGGAAUAAAGAUCUGGAAUCAGUUCCUAUUUUAGAAAAUGAACGAGUUCCGUUUAAAAAGGAAUUUUCCCAACACUGAAUUUAAUUGAUUCAAGUUUAAGAUUAACGUUUAUUCAAUAACAUUUAUGUUUAUUAAAUUUUUGAAAUUUAAUUAGCUCACUGAACAUUUCAUUAAUCAAAAUAAUUCAAUUGAUAUAUACGAGCCCUACUUUGUCGAUCCGAUUUGCCAAGAUGUUCAAACAGUGAGUCCCUCUUAUCGAAGUAUAGCCGUUAUGUCUGAUCCAAGUAACCUCACAAGGCCUGUCCAACAUCUGUCUUGGUCUCCUGAUGAAGCAUCUAAGAUAGCUGUAAGCUACGCUAACGUAGAAUUUGAAACUAGAGGUUCAUCAAAUAGUCCAAAUUCAUACAUAUUUGAUCUUGAAGAUUCAACUAUGCCAAGCUUUAUUGUCACAUCACAGUUUCCAAUUGUUAAACUUGAAUUUAACAGUCGUGAUAAAAAUAACCUUGCUGGAGGUCUAAUUAGUGGACAAGUUGCUUGUUGGGAUACUCGCAAAGGAUCAGACUGUAUUGCCAUGAGCAAUUUAAAGAAUAGUCAUCGUGAUCAGGUGACAGGUAUUUAUUGGAUACAUUCAAAAACAGGGACAGAAUUUUACUCUGGUUCAAGUGAUGGUCAGGUAAUAAAUAAUUUUUUUUUUUUUAGUUUUACAAUGAAUUAUUGACUUAGAAUAACUUGAGAGGUCCCUCCCAACAGUGUCGUCUACUGAUUAAUUUUUUUUUGUUUCUUAAUUAUAUAUUGACGAUGUAACAUUGAGGAUAUGAAAGAAUAAAUGGAGGGUAUGGUUUUAGUGGGGAGGACGACUGGAGAUAUAAUCUUGGAUUUAGCUGUAAUAUAUGACCUUGCUAUAGUUAAUACUUAUUUUA